AUGGCCCUCGCAUCAACUGAUAAAGUAGUUCUGGGCUCGAUUGGCUUUGGAAUAUUUUGGGUGCUAGCUGUUUUCCCUGCAGUUCCCUUCCUCCCUAUAGGAAGAACUGCUGGAUCUCUACUUGGUGCCUUGCUUAUGGUCGUCUUCCGAGUCAUCUCCCCCGACCAAGCCUACGAUGCAAUCGACAUGCCUAUCCUCGGCCUGCUCUUCGGAACCAUGGUGGUCAGCAUCUAUCUCGAAAGAGCCCACAUGUUCAAAUACUUGGGUCGGCUACUUUCCUGGAAGUGCAAAGGUGGCAAGGACUUGCUCUGCCGAAUCUGCCUUGUUUCGGCCCUGUCAAGUGCAGUGUUCACCAAUGACACCUCCUGCAUUGUGCUUACAGAGUUCGUUCUCAAGCUCGCAAGGCAGCACAAUCUGCCACCCAGACCAUUUCUUCUAGCACUAGCAUCCAGUGCCAAUGUUGGGUCCUCCGCGACUCCCAUCGGUAACCCACAGAACUUGGUCAUAGCUGUUCAGGGUAAAAUCUCCUUUGGAAAAUUCUUCAUAGGAAUCCUCCCUGCGAUGCUCGUCGGGGUGGUCGUCAACAUAGCCCUCAUUCUAUGCAUGUUUUGGAAAGAACUAUCAGUUACCAAGACUGAAGAGGAGGUGAUGGAGGAGGCGGUCGUUCAGGAAGAAGUCCUCUCCCAUAAAUUUUCUCCUGCAAGAAUGUCUCAUCACACCCCGGAUAGGAACGCAACACCGGGUAAGAAGGCUGAGGAAGGGGCGAUGGAGGAGCCAACCAUGGAGGAUGACAUUAACUCCCAUACAUUCUCUCCUGCGAGAAUGUCGCAUAUGACCCCAGAGGUGGUUCAUGGGAAUGAUGCCGAGAAGAGCAGCCCUUGGACUGAUGGUUUUACAAAGCCUUCCAUGCAAGUCUCUGAUGUGAAGAAACUUUUAUCCAAGAAAACCUUCCUACUGAAGACCUGUGUUUAUAUUGUGACCCUUGGGAUGCUGAUCGCUCUGCUCAUGGGACUAAAUAUGUCAUGGACUGCGAUUACUGCUGCCCUCGUACUAGUAGUUAUUGAUUUCAAAGAUGCAGGACCCUGCCUUGAAAAGGUUUCGUAUUCACUAUUGAUAUUCUUCUGUGGAAUGUUCAUCACUGUGGAUGGAUUCAACCGAACCGGGUUGCCAAGUGCUUUGUGGAACGCCUUGGAGCCUUAUGCACGUAUCAACCAUGCUGGUGGAGUGGCAGUGCUCUCCCUUGUAAUACUGCUACUCUCAAAUGUUGCAUCUAACGUACCAACUGUGCUCCUGCUUGGAGCUCAGGUGGCGAAAUCAGCAGCAGCAGUAUCUCCGGGGGCCGAGACAAAGGCAUGGCUCAUACUUGCAUGGGUGAGCACGGUGGCUGGCAACCUCUCCCUCCUCGGCUCAGCUGCCAACUUGAUUGUUUGUGAACAAGCACGGCGAUCACAGCAUCAUGGGUACACUCUUUCGUUCUGGGGCCAUAUUGUUUUUGGGGUCCCAUCUACGCUGAUCGUAACAGCCAUCGGUCUACCUCUUAUCAGAGGUUAAUUAGCUGUUUUCUUCUUUUUCUCCAAAUAAUAGUGGGAGCACCAUCGACUAAAAUUGUUCAUGUCGAGUGCUUAGAAAACACUUGGGAGUACCAAGGCUAGCUUAUUAGCCAAGACUAGUGUUUGCUUUGUAAUGUAGUCUGCUUGUUAAUUGUAAUCAUGGAUGCUUUUGUGUUGACAUAUAUAUAUAUAUAUGGAGUGAUUUUGUUUAA